UCUCCAUCACCACCACUUCUACUCCACUCGACUCCCCAGAUGAUGGGGAAGACGGACGGCGAAAACUACACGCUGGAUGACAUGUUUGUGUCAGGUGCAGCCCAGCGGGAGGGCGAGGGGAGGGAGGAGGAGAGGAUGAGGAGCAAAGCCAUCGGGGAGAGUAGGAGGCUGGCUGCCUCUAUGGAUAAAUGCCAGCACUGCUUCAGCAGCCAAGAGCUCAAGAAGCACCUCAUUGUAGCAAUAGGGAGCAAGGUGUACCUGAGCCUGCCUGCAGGAGUGUCGAUGACGGAGGGCCACUGUCACAUCUGUCCUCUCCAACAUCACUGCUCUGCCACCGGAUUGGAUGAGGAUGUCUGGUCAGAAAUGCAGCUGUUCCGGCGCACUUUGGUGCGUAUGUUUGAGUCCCAGGAGCUGGACUGUGUGUUCAUGGAAACACACAUGAACCCACGCAAAAGACAACACAUGGUCCUAGAGUGUAUCCCGCUACCCCGAGAACUGGGCGAUAUGGCACCUAUAUACUUUAAGAAAGCUAUCAUGGAGUGUGACGAGGAAUGGGCCAUGAACAAGAAGAUUGUCGACCUCUCUUCCAAAGACAUCCGCCAAGCUGUUCCUCGAGCUCUGCCCUACUUUGCUGUAGACUUUGGUCUCCAGGGAGGGUUUGCUCAUGUCAUUGAAAAUGAACAGAAGUUCCCCCAUUACUUCGGCAAGGAAGUGGUUGGAGGCAUGAUGGACUUGGAGCCGCGACGUUGGAGGAAGUUGAUUAGAGAGAACUUUGACGAUCAGAGGAAAAAAGUCCUGCAGUUUGCACAGUGGUGGAAACCGUACGACUGUACCAAGACUGAGGGCUAACUGGAGACCACACACACACACACACACACACGCACUGUGGUUCAUAUAGUGCGUGAAAUUUGGUGAAUGUGGUGCAGACACUGUUGCACCUACCAGCUCAGAAUUUGUUGUACAAUUUGCUAAAGUUGUUAUGUGAAACAUUUUUACUAUAAAACAAAAAAUAAAAAAAAUAAAAAAAA